ACCACCUUGGCGUUCCAGGACGCCUCCAUAGCAAGAGCAAGAGCCAAAGCCGCUCAGCAUUUGCGAAUGAGCGUCACGCUCGUCAUCCUAGUCUCCGCUUCUGCCGCACGCCGGUCGAGCAUCUCCAGUCCGACAGCUUUCGUCCACCUCUCUCUUCCCCACGCCGGCGGUGAGCGGCGGGCGAUCGACAGACCGGCAAACACUUCUCGAGCCACAAACCAGGAAUACAAGAUCGAGGCACCGCCCGAUGUGGUGGCGACUGACUGGCGGGGCGCCUGCGCCUCCGUUGACCGCGCCGACUCCUCGCUGCUCGAGGUCGAGCAGGCCGAGCUCGAGCGGAGUGACCAGGGAGAGAGCGAGGCACCCGACAUGGACACGACCGGCAGCGCUCCCUGGUACCGCCUUGUGGGUACCCUCGUGCUCGAGUCCGGGGAGCCACCCGGCUGCUGGGCCGCCCCUGGCAUGGAGCGCGCGGACCAGGCGAUCAGCGUGGACCAGGCGAUCAGCGUUGCGGAGAUCAACACGGCCGAGACGAACACGGCCGGCAGCUCUCCCCUCCUCAUCGGUGCCCUCAUGGGGUGCCUGGGCUUCUCUGUCGUGGCGCUGUCGUGGAGCGGCUCCUCGGCCAGCAAGACUGGCCCCGACAAGGUCGACGGCCAGAAGCGCUCGAGGCGCGCCAAGGAGAACGAGGUCAUGGCACUGACUGGCAGCACUCAGAUCUUCUUCUUCUUCUUCUACUUCGUCGCAAUGGUCGGCUUGUGCGGCGUGGCCUACGAGGCCUUGAACACUCGGGGGCGCGGCGCCAUGUCGGGUCUCCUAUCCGUCAACAGCAUCGUGCCCGAGUUGUGUGCGGCCGACGCAGCUUGGCAGGCCCGGAGGCUGGUCGAGACGGGCGUCGUCGGCGCGGGAGCCUUGCUGCUCAAGCCAACCGCCGCACACGUCCGCGUGGCCGCCGCCGCGCUGCUCGUCGGCAGGGCGGCCGCGCAAGAUGUGUGUGGCGAGUGCGUCGCGUGCAAGUGCGUCGAGUGCGUCGAUGGGAUCCCUUCGGGAUGCUAUCCCUACGAUCCUACCUACGGGCCCGUGGACGCUGAAGAGUGCAUACUCCACGGUGGCAUUGAUUGCUCCCUCCGCGGCGCGGUCAACAACCAAACCGGCAGGCCUGGCGCCCUCGUCGUCGAGCUGCCAGAGGGAGCCCGCCUCGAGUGGGCCGUCUGCUCGCAGCUUCGCGUGCACGUCGCGCACAUGACGCUGCGGAGCGUGGGCGCCGGCGCGACCCUCGACGCCAGGGGCUGCUCCCGCCACUUUGACGUCGCCUUUGGCGGCACGCUCGAGCUCGAGCGCGUGCACCUCAUCAACGGCGGCGCUCAGGCGAGCGGCGGGGCGGUCAAGGUGCGGCACGGCGGGACUUUGAUUGCGACUGAGUCGUCGGUCGAGGACUCGAGCGUGGUCUCGCUCGACGGCGCGGC